AUGGAGAAUAUCAUCUUCAGAUAUACCUGUUGGCGGAAAUUCUUGCGCGACUUGAAGCGGAAAUAUUUUCGCCUGGAAGAAGUAAAUCUGUCUUGGGACGUGCACACAGAUUCGAUAAGCACCUCACUCGUCACUUUAUGGAACCAUAAUACAACCAUGGGCCACAGUCAGACGAAGGUGACCUACACUGGACCUGAAGAACAUGGUGCCCUUACUGCUCUUAAGGAGAUGGCCAGUGAAGACCCUCUAUGCGUACUUCUGUGA